UCCGCCCAAAGUUAGGCGGAAGCUUUCGAACUAAUCGAGCUAUCGCGCGCCUUAAUCGAAUCUCGUCGUCUCCUUCCUCACUCCCAAAAAUCUGACCUGCGACCUGCGUUCCCGUGCGCGAGUCACUUCCAUGGAGUCUGAGACAGGCGCCGGAGGCACUCACACUCCUCCCUCGACGAGGAGGGCGCGUCUCGUCAUCACGGAAAUGGUGCUGCGCAACUUCAAAUCCUACGCCGGCGAGCAGCGGAUCGGCCCUUUCCACAAGAGUUUUUCGGCAGUUGUCGGUCCAAAUGGGAGCGGAAAAAGUAACGUCAUAGAUGCGAUGCUUUUUGUGUUUGGGAAGCGGGCGAAACAGAUGCGCCUAAAUAAAGUGUCGGAGCUGAUACAUAUCUCCAGCAACCACCAGAAUCUGGAAAGUGCUGGAGUUUCGGUUCACUUUCAAGAAAUUAUUGACCUGGAUGAUGGAACCUUUGAGGCUGUAGCUGGAAGUGAUUUCAUCAUUACAAGAGUUGCGUUUAGGGAUAAUGCUUCAAAAUAUUACAUUAAUGACCGUGGAAGUAAUUUCACUGAGGUCACCAAAAAGCUGAAGGGAAAAGGAGUGGACUUGGAUAAUAACCGAUUUCUAAUCCUACAGGGUGAAGUCGAACAGAUCUCACUUAUGAAACCAAAGGCUCAAGGGCCUCAUGAUGAAGGAUUCCUUGAAUAUCUUGAGGAUAUUAUUGGAACAAAUCAGUACGUGGAGAAGAUUGAAGAAACCUACAAGCAGCUUGAGGCCCUCAAUGAAAAACGGUCUGCAGCAAUUCAGAUGGUAAAACUAGCUGAAAAGGAAAGAGACACUUUGGAGGAUGUUAAAAAUGAAGCAGAAGCAUUUAUGUUGAAGGAAUUGUCACUUCUAAAAUGGCAAGAGAAAGCAACUAAACUUGCGUUUGAUGAUGCUUCUUCCCAUGUUUCUGAGUUGCAGGAGAAAUUGUCAAAUUUGGAAGAAAACCAUGCAGCUGAAAGGGAAAAAAUCCAACAGAAUUUGAGGACGUUGAAGGAGUUAGAGUCUGUGUAUGAUAAAUACUUAAAAAGACAAGAGGAACUUGAUACUGACAUGAGGUCAUGCAAAGAACAAUUUAAAGAGUUUGAGCGGCAGGAUGUAAAGCACCAGGAAGAUUUAAAGCACAAGAAACAAAAAAUAAAAAAACUGGAAGACAAGCUAGGGAAGGAUUCGGCAAAAAUUGAUGAACUGGCAAGCCAGCAUGAAAGAUCGUCAGACCUAAUACCCAAACUUGAAGAAGAAGUGCCUAAACUGCAACAUCAGCUACAGGAAGAGGAAAUUACCUUAGAAAAAAUUAAAGAAACCUCCAGAGGUGAAACUGAGAUGUACCGGUCUGAGCUCAUGGAGGUCCGUGCAGAACUGGAACCAUGGGAAAACCAACUAAUUGAGCACAGAGGAUCCUUAGAUGUUGCAAGUGCUGAAAGCAAACUUUUGAGAGAAAAGCAUGAUGCUGGUCGGAAAGCAUUUGAGGAUGCCAAACAUCAGAUUGAUGAAAUAGUGGAGAAUAUCAAAAUUAAAAAUGAAUUAAUUGCUGAAGUUAAAAAUAAGCUAGCUCAAAAAAAGCUUGAAAAAUCGGAAGCACGAAAGUUGGAACAGGAAUGCAUUAAGGAACAAGAAUCCCUUAUUUGUCUUGAGCAAGCAGCAAGGCAGAAACUGACAGAAAUGAAAUCUACUUUGGAAUCAGAAAAGAGUCAUGGUUCGGUCCUGAAAGCCAUAUUGCAAGCGAAAGAGACAAAAGAAAUAGAAGGAAUUUAUGGUCGUUUGGGUGAUUUAGGUUCAAUUGAUGCAAAAUAUGACAUUGCCAUAUCCACUGCAUGUCCUGGACUAGAUUAUAUAGUGGUCGAGACUACUGCAGUAGCACAAGCGUGCGUUGAGUUGCUUCGCAGGAAAAAUCUUGGCAUUGCCACUUUCAUGAUUUUGGAAAGACAAUUAGAUCAACUCAGGAAGCUGAAGGAUAAAGUUAAAACUCCUGAAGGAGUUCCUCGCCUUUUUGAUCUUGUUGCUGUAAAAGAUGAAAAGCUUAAAUUAGCGUUUUUUGCUGCACUUGGAAAUACUGUUGUGGCAAAAGACCUUGAUCAGGCUACUAGGAUUGCAUAUGGAGGGGAUAAAGACUUCCGCCGUGUUGUGACAUUGGAAGGUGCACUAUUUGAGAAGUCAGGUACAAUGAGUGGUGGCGGCAACAAGCCCCGAGGCGGGAAGAUGGGUAGAUACAUUAGGGAAAGUGUUUCUAGAGAAGAUGUUGUAAGUUGCGAGAAGGACCUUGCUCAGCUGGUUGACCAACUCAGUGACAUACGCCACAGGAUUGCUGAUUGCACUAGACGCUUUCAAGCUUGUGAAAAGGAUGAAGCCCAUUAUGAAAUGGAACUAGCUAAGACACAAAAGGAGAUUGAUAGUUUGAAUGAACAACAUAAUUACAUAAAAAGUCAGCUUGUGGCAUUGAAGGCUGCAUCCCAACCAAAGAAAGAGGAACUGAACCGGUUGAAGGAGUUGGAUGGUAUCAUAUCUGCUGAGCAAAGUGAAAUAGAGAAGCUUGUUAAAUGCUCUAGUACGCUUAAGGAGAGAGCUUCUGAGCUUCAGAAGAAAAUAGAAAAUGUCGGUGGCGAGUUGUUGAAAAAUCAGAAGUCAAAAGUUGCAAAGAUUCAAGAAGGUAUUGAUAAAACCUGCAGUGACAUUAAUCGACACAAAGUUAACAUAGCUUCAGGCCAGAAAAUGACAGAAAAGUUGAAAAAGGGUAUUGAGGAUACAAAGACAGAGAAAGAAAAACUUGUCCUGGAGAAGGAAAACAUGUUAAUUAUUUUCAAAGAAAUAGAACAAAAGGCAUUUGUUGUCCAAGAAAACUAUAAAAAGACUCAAGAGCUCAUUGACAAGCACAAGGUUGUUCUUGAGGAAACAAAAAAUGAAUACAAUAAAUUAAAGAAAACUAUGGAUGAGCUACGAGCUGCAGAGGUUGAUGCUGAUUUUAAGUUGCAAGAUGCAAAAAAACUUAAAAAGGAAUGGGAGAUAAAGGCCAAGGCUUUAAGAAAAAAACUUGAUGACAACCAAUCAGAACUUGUUAAGCAGAUGGAUUUAAUGAAAAGUGAUGCAUUGGAUGCUGAAAAGAUUCAAGCCAUUUUAUCAGAUGAGGCACUCCAAAAUCCUUGUGAUAUGAGAAGAGCAAUGGAAAUGGUGACCUUGCUAGAAGCUCAGCUGAAGGACAUGAAUCCCAACCUGGAUUCAAUUGCAGAAUAUCAUAAAAAAGUUUUGGUCUACAAUGAACGGGUGGAAGAACUAAAUGCUGUUAAACAAGAAUGUGAUGAAGUGAAGAAGCAUUACGAUGAGUUGAAAAAGAGAAGGCUAGAUGAGUUCAUGGCAGGAUUCAACAUAAUAUCUCUAAAGUUGAAGGAGAUGUAUCAGAUGAUCACACUUGGAGGUGAUGCAGAACUUGAAUUAGUUGAUUCUCUGGAUCCUUUUUCAGAAGGUGUGGUUUUCAGUGUAAGACCUCCAAAGAAGAGCUGGAAGAAUAUUGCUAAUCUGUCUGGUGGUGAGAAGACACUUAGCUCAUUGGCCCUUGUAUUUGCUCUCCACCACUACAAGCCCACCCCACUCUAUGUUAUGGAUGAGAUUGAUGCGGCGCUUGACUUCAAAAAUGUAUCGAUUGUGGGACACUAUGUGAAAGACCGGACUAAAGAUGCCCAAUUUAUUAUCAUUAGUCUUCGGAAUAACAUGUUCGAACUUGCUGAUCGGCUUGUUGGCAUUUACAAAACCGAUAAUUGCACAAAAAGCAUAACUAUUAACCCUGGAAGUUUUGUAAACUGUGGCAACGCUGCUUAAAUUGGCACUGCAGUGAACAAAACUCUUGCCAGAUGUAAAAUGUCAGAUGAUUUGAGCAGGCACCUGGAAGGCCCAAAGUUCUACACUUAUCCGGUAUCCUGCUUUUUCUUCUGGUAUCAAGGACGAACAUCUGUUUAGUUAUUUUAUUUUUGAAUCUGCAUUCUAUCAACAGAACUUUGUGUUUUCUUUCGUGUACAACUUCUGGUUGAACAAGUUCUACUCGUAAGUUGAAUAUUUUCUCGUAGGACCUAUGAAUUCUCCAUUUCAUUUGGCUGAUGUUGAAGACCUGCUUUGUAUAGUAUUUUUGAAGGCUCGGGAUUUGUCAUUUCA